AUGCCAGGUUACACAUUCGAUCCAACAUCAAAUGAACAUUUAUCGUCCAUAGAUGGCGAUGAUCAUAUUGACAAAGUUGCUGAAGAAAUCUCGCAACAACAACAACAACAGUGUUACAGUUAUCCUAUGUUGGUAAAAGAAGGUUUCAUUUAUAAAAGCAACAAACAGACAUUAACGAAGAUUUAUUGGAUCUGCAAAAUCAAAAACUGUAAUGCAAAUAUUCAUACUGAUCUCAACCGUAAUUUCAUGCAAUCAAAUGGUAAACAUAAUCAUCUUGUUGAACCAGAAGAAAUCGAAAUAAAACUUUUUCGAGAAGCUCUUAAAGUGCGUGUUAUCAAUGAAACAACACCGAUUUCGAAGAUAUAUGAUGAAGAGAUGGUUAAAGCUCAUUUAUCACCAGAAACUCUUGCAAAUGUACCACUGGUUUCCAGUAUAAAUUCUGCAUUGAAUCGAACACGACGAAAACGUACACCAGUUCUUCCAACGUGUUGUUCAUUUGAUAUUCCCGAUUUAUAUUAA